AUGUAAGAAAGAAAGAAAUACAGCACGUUUGAAACACAAAGGUGGUUGGUGAAUGCAGAGAGUCUUUACCUCAUUCUACCUCGCCAACCCCCUUCUACUUCAACCUAACCCCAUCUUCUCAACUACAACAUUUCUCAAUUUCCUGCAAAACCCCAUCACGAAUCACCAAUUUCUCCUCUCAAUUGCUAAAAAACAACCACAUCAUAGCCAAUGGCGCACGUCGCGAAAAUGGCGCACAAUCUCGCCUCGCCCAAAUUCACAACCCCUACAGCUAAAUCCCCAGCUUCAACUUCGUCUUCGUUGUUUCUCGCCUCCAAGAGUCUCAACAAUUCGUCGAAAAGAACGUGGGGUUUGGGUAAAAGUUCGAUCUUGACGGUUAAAAAGACGAGCCAAUUGAGAGUUGUGGCUUCGGUCGCCACGGCGGAGAAGCCCUCCACGGUGCCGGAGAUCGUGCUGCAACCCAUCAAAGAAAUUUCCGGCACUGUAAAGUUGCCGGGCUCUAAAUCACUUUCCAACCGAAUUUUGCUUCUUGCUGCUCUGUCUGAGGGAACGACUGUUGUGGACAACUUACUAAGCAGUGAUGAUAUCCAUUACAUGCUUGGUGCCUUGAGGACUCUUGGGCUGGAUGUGGAAGAAGACAAAGCUAAUCAACGUGCAGUUGUGGGAGGCUCUGGUGGUCUAUUUCCAGCUUCUAAAGAAGCUAAGGAAGAAAUUCAACUUUUCUUAGGAAACGCAGGAACGGCGAUGCGCCCAUUGACUGCUGCAGUUGUUGCUGCUGGUGGGAAUGCAAGCUAUGUGCUUGAUGGAGUUCCUCGCAUGAGAGAGAGACCUAUUGGUGAUUUAGUCACUGGACUUAAGCAGCUUGGUGCUGACGUUGAUUGUUUCCUGGGCACUGAUUGUCCCCCCGUUCGUGUUGUUGGAAAAGGAGGUCUUCCUGGUGGGAAGGUGAAGCUCUCUGGAUCCAUCAGCAGUCAAUACCUUACUGCUCUACUCAUGGCUGCGCCCCUGGCUCUAGGAGACGUUGAAAUUGAAAUCAUCGACAAACUCAUUUCUGUGCCUUAUGUGGAGAUGACGCUUAAAUUGAUGGAACGCUUUGGCGUCUCAGUGGAGCACAGUGACAGCUGGGACCGAUUCUUGGUCCGGGGAGGUCAAAAGUACAAGUCUCCUGGGAAAGCUUAUGUGGAAGGCGAUGCCUCGAGCGCCAGUUACUUCUUGGCCGGUGCAGCUGUUACUGGUGGAACCGUUACUGUUGAAGGGUGUGGAACGAGCAGUUUGCAGGGCGAUGUUAAAUUUGCCGAGGUUCUUGAAAAAAUGGGUGCUGAGGUUACCUGGACCGAGAAUAGCGUGACUGUUAAAGGACCUCCGCGUGAUGCAUUUGGAAGGAAACAUUUGCGAGCCGUUGAUAUAAACAUGAACAAAAUGCCAGAUGUCGCCAUGACUCUCGCUGUAGUGGCGCUUUUUGCAGAUGGACCCACUGCUAUAAGAGAUGUGGCUAGCUGGAGGGUUAAAGAAACCGAAAGAAUGAUUGCCAUAUGCACAGAACUUAGAAAGUUGGGAGCGACAGUCGAGGAAGGGGCGGAUUACUGUGUGAUCACCCCACCGGAGAAAUUGAAGGUGACGGACAUUGACACGUACGAUGAUCAUAGGAUGGCGAUGGCCUUCUCUCUCGCUGCAUGUGCCGACGUCCCAGUAACUAUCAAGGACCCCGGCUGCACCCGUAAGACCUUCCCCAACUAUUUCGACGUGCUUGCUACGUUUUCGAAGCACUGAAGGAAAGAAGUGUUGGCAUCAGUGAUGAGGUUGCCAAAUUUUGAGAUUGUUUGUAACAGUAAAAACCAUGUUUCAUGUUGAGAAUUACUUUGGUUGUAGACAUAGAUUGAGUGUGCUGUGACCAUUUCUUGAAUAAUAAUUAAGUCUUGUGUAAUGUAUUCUUGUGAAA